UCGUUUCUCUCCGCAGCCGCAGCCGCCCGCCCGCCCGCCCGCCUCAACUAGGGCACCACCACUGCCCGCCGCCGCCGCUGCUCGCCGCCAUGUCGGACUCCGACGACUACGUGGACUUGCCCGUCUCGGACGGCGACGACGACGGGGAGGAGUGGGACGAGGAUGACGAGGAGGAAAUGGAGGAGGAUGAGGAGGGUCGUGGUGGGAGCUCGCGGAAGAAGUCCAAGCAGCACGUGGAGCAACUCAAGCGGCUGCAGGAAAAGGAUCCUGAGUUCUAUAAAUAUUUAGAAAAGUGUGAUAAAGAGUUGCUGGAAUUCACUGAUGAUGAAAUCGAGGAUGAUCAAGACACUGGGGUUGCUGAUGACGAGGAACCUAGGUCUGUUCCUAAGGAGCAACUGAAGCAGAUUGUGAAACCUAUUACACUGGAAAUGGUUGAUUCCUGGUGCAAUGGAGUAGAGAAUGGAAAGAUAGGUUCUAUCCGAUCUAUCCUUCAAGCUUUCCGGAAAGCCUGCCAUUAUGGUGAGGAUCAAGGGGACAAUUCAGCUCCAAAAUUCAGUGUCAUGUCUGGUAGUGUACUUGAUAAAGUUAUGCACUUUGUUUUGAAACACAUGGAUAGAGUCCUUCGUCAAUUACUUAGUGCUCCAAGCUUUGGAGGGAAGAAAGAGACAAUCAGUGAGUUGAUGAUCACUAAGUCAUGGAAGAGGCAUGGUGAUCUAAUGAGGAUAUAUCUUGCCAAUGCACUACAUAUGAUAACAGAGAUGACUGAUGAGCAAAUGAUAGCAUUUACUAUACACCGUGUCAGAGCAUCAGCUGUUUUUCUGGCAGCUUUCCCUUCGCUCCUGAGGAAGUAUGUUAAGGCUCUGCUGCACACCUGGGCCAGAGGACGUGGUGCAAUGCCACUUGUUUCAUUUAUGUUCCUUCGAGACUUGUGCAUUCAAUUAGGUUCAGAUUGCCUUGACACGUGCCUCAAGGGUAUCUACAAGGCUUAUUUGGUUAACUGCAAAUUGUCCAAAUCUAUCAGUGGAUCGAAACUGCAGCACAUUCAUUUCCUUGGAAAUUGUGUCAGAGAAUUGUAUAGUCUGGAUCCACAAAGUGCAUAUCAACAUGCUUUUGUUUUCAUCCGUCAACUGGCAGUUAUCCUAAGAGGAGCUCUUACUGAAAGAGGACCGAAGUCAGCGAAAGACAAAAGGCAGAAAGAAAGUAGCAAAUCAACAAAAAAACUAAUGGAGAAAUCUUACCAAAGAGUUUAUGAUUGGCAAUACAUAUUCUGCCUUGAGCUUUGGACAAGUGUUGUGUGCGGAUGUAGUUCUGAGGAGGAAUUCCGACCUCUGGCUUAUCCAUUGACCCAGAUAAUACAUGGUGUGGCAUGUCUUGUGCCUAGUGCACGUUACUUCCCUGUACGCCUUAGGUGUGUAAAGAUGCUUAAUUGCAUUGCUGAAGCCACUGGUACCUUCAUUCCGGUCUCCUCCCUGCUGCUUGAUAUGCUUGAAAUGAAAGAACUUAGAGGACGUCCAGAUGGAGGUGUAGGCAAAGCAGUGAAUUUGUUCAGUGUUAAACAGGUAGACAAGAAAACAGUGAAGACACGUGCUUUUCAGGAAGCAUGCAUUUAUUCUGUGGUUGAUGAGCUGGCUAAACAUUUGGCCCAGUGGAGCUUCUCCAUCGCCUUCUUUGAGAUGUCCUUUAUUCCACUUGUUCGGCUCCGAAGCUUUUGCAAAACCAUUAAAGCUGACAGAUUUCGGAAAGAAAUGAAGGAUCUUAUCCGUCAGAUAGAGGCCAAUGUUGAAUUCAUUAAGUCAAAACGUGUGGGGAUUGCAUUUUCGCCCAAUGAUCCAGCUGUAGAGUCAUUUAUGCAGACUGAGAAGGAAGAACGUUCCAGUCCUCUCUCGAAGUAUGUUGCUACUCUACACCAGAGAGAGCAGGACAGGAUGGAUGCUCUGGACGAGACCAGUGUCAUUGUGGGAGCGGAAUCCUCAACCUUUUCACGGAGGUUAUCAGAAGUGCAGAAGCAACAGGAUGAACAGGAUGACAAUGAAGGCACCAUUGCUUUCAGUAAGAACUGGUUGGCUGAAAAGAGGAAACCCAAAACCGUCAAGGAGAACAAGAAGCGAGCCCGGGAGCAUGAUGAUGUUGCUACAGAGGAGGAUCUGGUUGAGGAUUUGGUCCUGAGCUCAGACGAGGAAGUGGAAGAGGGAGGCAAUAAUCAGGAAUCGGAUGAGGAUGGCUCAGUUCCGGUUGAAGAUGACAGUGAUGAAGACUUCAUAGACCCGGACAGUGAGUAUAAGAAACAAAAGAAGGCGAAAUCUAAGAAACGGAACAAGCGUCAAUCAUCGAACAAAGCACCCUCAAACACUAAAACGAAGCCGCGUCCCAAAAAGAAGGCGAAACAUUAGUUAUUGCUAGGUGGGACUCAGCAAAAUAGGUUGGCAGGCGAAUCAUGAAAAACAUUUUGCCUCUGCACGAUUUUUUUUGUUAUUUUAAGAAAUGUUCGGUUGUUCUUCUGUCUGUCAUUUCCCUGAAUAUUCUUAUAGCUAUUAUUUAUGUAUGUCAGGUCGUUCAACAUUGGCGAUAUUGUUUGUUUUGUUA